AUGGGAGAGGAGGGCUGGGUCUGUACGUUGGUAAUGGGAGAUGAGAGCUGGGUCUGUACGUUGGUAGUGGGAGAGGGGGGCUGGGUUUGUACAUUGGUAAGGUGAGAGGAUGGGCUGGGUAUGUACGUUGGUAAGGUGAGAGGAGGGCUGGGUCUGUACGUUAGUAAGGUGAGAGGAGGGCUGGGUCUGUACGUUGGUAAGGUGAGAGGAGGGCUGGGUCUGUACGUUGGUAAGGUGAGAGGAGGGCUGGGUCUGUAUGUUGGUAAGGUGAGAGGAGGGCUGUGUCUGUACAUUGGUAAUGGGAGAGGAGGGCUGGGUCUGUACGUUGGUAAUGGGAGAUGAGGGCUGGGUCUGUACGUUGGUAGUGGGAGAGGAGGGCUGGGUCUGUACGUUGGUAAGGUGAGAGGAGGGCUGGGUCUGUACGUUGGUAAGGUGAGAGGAGGGCUGUGUCUGUACGUUGGUAAGGUGAGAGGAGGGCUUGGUCUGUACGUUGGUAAGGUGAGAGGAGGGCUUAGUCUGUACGUUGGUAAGUUGAGAGGAGGGCUGGGUCUGUACGUUGGUAAGGUGAGAGGAGGGCUGGACCUGUACGUUGGUAAGGUGAGAGGAGGGCUGGGUCUGUACGUUGGUAAGGUGAGAGGAGGGCUGGGUCUGUACGUUGGUAAGGUGAGAGGAGGGCUGGGUCUGUACGUUGGUAAGGUGAGAGGAGGUCUGGGUCUGUACGUUGGUAAUGGGAGCGGAGGGCUGGGUCUGUAAAUUGGUAAGGUGAGAGGAGGGCUGGGUCUGUACGUUGGUAAUGGGAGAGGAGGGCUGGAUCUGUACGUUGGUAAUGGGAGAGGAGGGUUGGGUCUGUACGUUGGUAAGGUGAGAGGAGGGCUGGGUCUGUACGUUGGUAAGGUGAGAGGAGGGCUGGGUCUGUACGUUGGUAAUGGGAGAGGAGGGCCGGGUCUGUACAUUGGUAAGGUGAGAGGAGGGCUGGGUCUGUACGUUGGUAAUGGGAGAGGAUGGCUGGGUCUGUACGUUGGUAAGGUGAGAGGAGGGCUGGGUCUGUACGUUGGUAAGAUGAGAGGAGGGCUGGGUCUGUACGUUGGUAAUGGGAGAGGAGGGCCGGGUCUGUACAUUGGUAAGGUGAGAGGAGGGCCGGGUCUGUACGUUGGUAAUGGGAGAGGAUGGCUGGGUCUGUACGUUGGUAAGGUGAGAGGAGGGCCGGGUCUGUAUGUUGGUAAGGUGAGAGGAGAGCUGGGUCUUUACGUUGGUAAGGUGAGAGGAGUUCUGGGUCUGUACAUUGGUAAGGUGAGAGGAGGGCUGGGUCUAUACGUUGGUAAGGUGAGAGGAGGGCUGGGUCUGUACGUUGGUAAUGGGAGAGGAGGGCUGGGUCUGUACGUUGGUAAUGGGAGAGGAGGGCUGGGUCUGUACGUUGGUAAGGUGAGAGGAGGGCUGGGUCUGUACGUUGGUAAGGUGAGAGGAGGGCUGGGUCUGUGCGUUGGUAAUGUGAGAGGAGGGCUGGGUCUGUACGUUGGUAAGGUGAGAGGAGGGCUGGGUCUGUACGUUGGUAAGGUGAGAGGAGGGCUGGGUCUGUACGUUGGUAAGGUGAGAGGAGGGCUGGGUCUGUACGUUGGUAAUGGGAGAGGAGGGCUGGGUCUGUACGUUGAUAAGGUGAGAGGAGGGCUGGGUCUGUACGUUGGUAAUGGGAGAGGAGGGCUGGGUCUGUACGUUGAUAAGGUGAGAGGAGGGCUGGGUCUGUACGUUGGUAAGGUGAGAGGAGGGCUGGGUCUGUGCGUUGGUAAUGUGAGAGGAGGGCUGGGUCUGUACGUUGGUAAGGUGAGAGGAGGGCUGGGUCUGUACGUUGGUAAGGUGAGAGGAGGGCUGGGUCUGUACGUUGGUAAGGUGAGAGGAGGGCUGGGUCUGUACGUUGGUAAUGGGAGAGGAGGGGUGGGUCUGUACGUUGAUAAGGUGAGAGGAGGGCUGGGUCUGUACGUUGGUAAUGGGAGAGGAGGGCUGGGUCUGUACGUUGAUAAGGUGAGAGGAGGGCUGGGUCUGUACGUUGGUAAG